ACCCGCGGCAUUCGGUCGGCCAUUCCGCGUCGGGUUCAGAGUACACUUAGACUUCCGUAAUCGCGUAAUAGCGAUGGCCGAGGACGCAAAGCAACUGUUUUCGACGGAGGAAUGGCUUUCCUUCCCGGAGAUCGAGAAGAAUCGCUACGAGAAUAUCCUCAGAAACUACAAAAUGAUGAAGGACCUUGGACUGGACCCCAGCCUCCCGGAGUUGGUCGCGCGGCGACAGAGGAAGCAACGCAACGGGUUCGUCGCGCCCACAGCCAGGCCAGCUCGAGUCCCCGAGGACGACGAGGACGACGAGUGGACGCCCGAGAGGGAGAGGACACCCGGCAGACAUGCGAGCAACAGUGGAAGCGGGGGCGGUGGAAGAAGGGGUGGCCGUAAGAGGAAGGCAGAGUGGAGCGCUGCAGCUUCGGCCACGAGGCGUGAGAACUGCGAUGACGCGCCGCUCAGUGUAGACCAAGUAGAUGUUCUACCGCUGUGGACUCCAGCCAAGUUGGUGGCCGCUGCAAAGGGCACUGCCAAGGUAAUGCCAACAACAGCCGACAGGCCAAGUGGAGAUUCCGCUGAAGAAAAUGUUAAGCCAAAGGACAAGGGGACCUUUUCCGGUCCCAUGUCACAGGUGGCAACAGAGACAGAGAUGGUAACAGCGAAGGAGCUUCUAGUUGAGACUAAAACACAUGAAGGUGUAAGAUCAGAUGACGAGGUUCGGGGAAAAAGCUGUCUUUCAGGAGAGAAUUCCAAGACGCGAUACCCAAGACGUCGUAACACAAGGACACUGUUUUACGAAGAAAGCAUUGUCAAAGAAGACGAUUUUAUUUAUUGCGCAGACUGUGAAGAAGAGAAAGAGGGAGAGUGUCCGUACCAUCCAUUGUUCCUUAUUCUAGAUAACCCAGUCGUUCGAGACGGCAGCGAGAAAGAUCGUGCUCGCCUCACAGCCCCUUGGCCCCUGACUGUCCACGACUCGAAAGUGAAGGGCGCAGGAAAAGGCGUGUGGACCAAUGCUCAUCUCCCAGCCCAUCUUGUCUUUGGUCCCUAUGAGGGCCGUGUCCUAUGUGGCCAUCCGGAAGCCGGCAAAGAAUCUGGUUAUGGCUGGAAGAUUCGAGGUGUUGGGACAAGGGAUACUUGCAUUGAUGCCGUAGACAGUGCAGUUAGUAAUUGGAUGCGUUACGUCAACUGCUCAAGGACUGAAGCUGAGACCAACCUUUCCGCAUUUCAGUACAAGGGACAGAUCUACUACAAGACAGACUCUACAAUUAGCAGGGGAAGCGAGCUGAUGUGCUGGUACGGAGACGAUUACGGGAAGGAUCUGGGUCUGUCGAGAGAACCGUCCAAGUGGAAACCUCCGAAGAGAGAUGUAAAAGAUCGGCAGUGCGAAUGGUGUGGCUUAGUAUACAGCUCGAAAGAUUACUUAACGGGUCACCUAAAAGUGUGCAGAAAGCGUGUUCGCACUGACACACUCCCAACAUGCACCACGCGAGGAGCCAGCAGCAGUAUUGGCUCAACCAAGCACGAAGAGGCACCGCAGUUCCCGGAAAACGCUUCUCAUGAGACGCUGCGUUCGCCAGCAUCCGACGAACAUAAUACAGAGUGUUCGGAGUGUGAUUACAAGGGUGGAUCUGUUGACAGCCUAAAGCAACAUGUGCUAAUACACAGUGGAAAAAAACCGUUCGAGUGUUCUGCAAGUAGGAAACGAUUUUCUGACAGCGGAGGGCUGAAGGAAACCCAAAGAAUUCUGUCGGGAGAAGAAACAUUCGAGUGUUCCGAGUGCGGGAAAAGGUUUAAUGAAAGUGGUUCUCUGAAGACACACCAGAGGAUUCACUCAGGAGAAAAACCGUUCGAGUGUUCCGAGUGCGGGAAAAGGUUUAAUCAAAGUCAUCUGAAGACACACCAGAGGAUUCACUCAGGAGAAAAACCGUUCGAGUGUUCCGAGUGCGGGAAAAGGUUUAAUCGAAGUGCUAAUCUGAAGAGACACCAGAGGAUUCACUCAGGAGAAAAACCGUUCGAGUGUUCCGAGUGCGGGGAAAGGUUUAAUCAAAGAUGUCAUCUGAAGACACACCAGAGGAUUCACUCAGGAGAAAAACCGUUCGAGUGUUCCGAGUGCGGGAAAAGGUUUAAUGCAAGUGGUUCUCUGACGACACACCAGAGGAUUCACUCAGGAGAAAAACCGUUCGAGUGUUCCGAGUGCGGGGAAAGGUUUAAUCAUAGUGGUUCUCUGACGACACACCAGAGGGUUCACUCAGGAGAAAAAACGAGUGCGGGAAAAGAUUUAAUCAAAGUGGUUUGCUGAAAAAAACAUCAAAAGAGCUACAUAGUGUUCUGAAUUGUGUACAUUUUACUUAUGCUGUCAGACAAAUAUAUAACAGGACAUGGAAUAUUUUGGACAAUGUCUUUUGAAUAACACAAAGUGACAAGUUUAUGUUAUAUGUUAUAUACACCAAAUAAAGCCUCGGCGGACGACGUGU